AUGAGAAUAAACCCACGACUUCUGAUGGCCUCUUCCACAACGGUGGCGUCUGUGAAGGGCUUCAAACCAGUCCCAAUGGCUUUGCUGCCACCCAUACAACUCUACAGGAGACUGCUCCGUACACAUCGCAAGCAUCUGCCCAAAGACAUGCGGCUGCUCGGAGAUGAAUAUGUCAAGAGCGAAUUCAGGGCUCACAGGAAUGUCGAGAAUCCAGUGCACAUUAUCGGGUUCUUGACAGAGUGGCAAAUGUAUGCUCAGACUCUAGAGGGCGAAUCUUGGGCUGGGGAGCGGAUGGACCCUUCGAAGAUUGAGAAGAUGAGUGACCAACAGCUUGGGCAAUUGUACGAGCUCAUGCAGGCGAUACGGAAGAAGGAAAUCGAGGAUGACGAGCUGGAUCAAUAA